AUGUUUACAAAUUCGGAGCACCUUUUCUCGAAUUUAGCGUUGGCAAUCAGCCAAAAAUUAGAUGCUUUUCCCAAGAUUUACAACGUUUACUUUAUUGCCUGUAUCUCCACUGUUGCAGGGUUAAUGUUUGGGUUUGAUAUCUCUUCCAUGUCAGCAUUCAUUGGUACAGAUCCAUAUAGACACUUUUUCAACUACCCAAGCUCAACGAUUCAAGGUUUCAUUACUGCUUCCAUGGCUUUGGGGUCAUUUUUUGGUUCAAUAGCAUCAGCGUUUGUUUCUGAACCCUUUGGAAGAAGAUUGUCACUCUUGAUCUGCUCAUUCUUUUGGAUUGUUGGUGCCGCUAUUCAAUCGUCAUCACAAAAUCGAGCUCAAUUAAUCAUCGGUAGGAUUAUCGCUGGUUGGGGUGUUGGUUUUGGCUCAUCAGUAGCACCUAUUUAUGGUGCAGAGAUAUCGCCAAGGAAGAAAAGAGGAAGUGUAAAUGGGUUUUUCCAAUUAAGUUUAACUGUUGGAAUUAUGAUAAUGUUUUAUAUUUCUUUUGGGCUAGGUAAAAUACGUGGCGUCGCGAGCUUUAGAAUUGCUUGGGGGCUACAAAUUGUUCCGGGGUUGGUUUUGGCCAUUGGAUGCCUCUUCAUCCCAGAAUCUCCUAGAUGGUUGGCAAAGCAGGGUAGAUGGGAACUAGCUGAGUAUAUUGUUGCAAAGACUCAAGCAAAGGGUAACUCGGAAGAUCCAGAAGUUUUAAUUGAAAUUGCUGAAAUCAAAGAGCAGUUGAUGAUUCAAGAGUCGGCAUCGUCCGUUGGGUAUUCCACCCUAUUUAAGAAAAAGUACAUUAUGAGAACUUUCACCGCAUUGUUUUCGCAAAUAUGGCAACAGUUGACGGGUAUGAAUGUGUUGAUGUACUACAUUGUCUACAUUUUUGAAAUGGCCGGAUACUCAGGAAACACCAAUUUAGUUGCAUCCUCAAUCCAGUACGUGUUGAAUGUUUUUUGCUCCAUCCCAGCAUUGAUAUUGUUUGACAAAUGGGGAAGACGUCCAGUGUUGAUAGCUGGUGGUUUGUUGAUGACAACUUUCCAAUUUGGAUUGGCUGGCAUCUUAGGCGCUUACUCGCAACCUUGGUCUAACUCAGGAAAUGAUACAGUAAAUAUAAAGAUUCCUGAUAGUCAGAAAUCUGCUUCAAGAGGAGCAAUUGCAUGCUCCUAUCUAUUCGUGUGCUCUUAUGCCAUGACGUGGGGUGUUGGUAUUUGGAUCUAUUGCUCCGAAAUUUGGGGCGAUAACAGAAUAUCACAAAGAGGUAAUUCUUUGUCUACGGCAGCCAAUUGGAUCAUCAAUUUUGCUAUCGGAAUGUAUACACCAUCAGGGUUCAAGAAUAUCAGUUGGAGAACUUAUAUCAUUUAUGGUGUUUUUUGCGUGGCAAUGUCGCUCCACGUUUACUUUGGUUUCCCAGAAACUAGAAACAAGCGGUUGGAGGAAAUUGGACAAAUGUGGGCCGAGAGGGUUCCUGCGUGGAAAUCAGCUACUUGGCAACCUACAAUUCCCAUUGCUUCUGAUUCUGAGAUGGGACACAAGUUAAGCCUUGAGUAUAAGGAACAUAUCGAGGAACAACAGUCUGACAAGGUGAAAACGUAUUAA